GAGAUCACCUCCGCCCGUCACCUCCGCCCCUGGCCGCCCAGGUCCGCCCGGGGUCCCCUCCCCCGGCCGCCCCGGAGCACGAAGUUGGCGGGAGCCUAUAAAAGCCGGCGACGGCGUGACCCGUGGCCACACCGUGCGGGCGCCCGAGCAGCCACCGCUAGACCGGCGCCAAUCCCUGCCCCGCCGCGACCGCCUGCGCGACCAUGUCCCAUCACUGGGGAUACGGCGAGCACAACGGGCCUGAGCACUGGCAUAAGGACUUUCCCAUUGCCAAAGGAGAGCGUCAGUCCCCUGUCGACAUCAAUACCGGUGAAGCCAAGCACGACCCUUCCCUGAAGCCUCUGUCUGUUUCCUAUGAAAAAGCGGCUUCUAGGAGGAUCCUCAACAAUGGUCACUCUUUCAACGUGGAGUUUGAUGACUCCCAGGACAAAGCAGUGAUCAAAGGAGGACCCCUCGAUGGCACUUACAGAUUGAUUCAGUUUCACUUUCACUGGGGUUCACUUGAUCAGCAAGGUUCUGAGCACACUGUGGACAAAAAGAAAUAUGCUGCAGAGCUUCACUUGGUUCACUGGAACACCAAGUACGGGGAUUUUGGAAAAGCUGUGCAGCAUCCUGACGGACUGGCUGUUGUGGGUGUUUUUAUGAAGAUUGGCAGUGCUAAACCAGGCCUUCAGAAAGUCAUUGAUGCUCUGGAUUCUAUAAAAACAAAGAAUAAGCAGGCUGACUUCACUGACUUUGAUCCUCGGGGCCUCCUUCCUGAAAGUCUGGACUACUGGACCUACCUGGGCUCACUGACGACCCCUCCUCUUCUGGAAUGUGUCACCUGGAUUGUGCUCAAGGAACCCAUCACUGUGAGCAAGGAGCAGAUGAUGAAAUUCCGUAGUCUUAACUUCAACGGGGAGGGCGAGCCUGAGGAACUGAUGGUGGACAACUGGCGUCCGGCCCAGCCACUAAAGAACAGACAAAUCAAAGCUUCCUUCAAAUAGGUUGAUCCCGCGGCCGGUGUUCCAAUAAUGAAUUUUCAGGUGUUUCCUUUUAGCUAAGCACAAAUCUACCUUGGUGAUUUGGACUCUGGCUGCUUUGUGUCUGGUUUUCUAGACCCUUCAUCUUUCACCUGACGUGCUUACUAAUAAAAUGUGAAGAGCAAUUGUCAUGUUUGGCAGAAUUGCCGAGGCUGGUUGGUGCUUCGCUUAUGGUAGUAGGUGGUAGUCUUUCUGUAACGGAGAAUGUCACAUAAGGAAUAGGAAUAAAGUACCUUGACUUCUUUCACAGUAUGUAGGAUGAUAUGCACUCACAAUUGUUCACCAAAAUGCUAUUUUUAAAACAUAGGACAGUAGAGUGGUUGAGUGCAAAUUCGUACCAUGAGAUAAUUUGAGCUAGUCAAGGCGAACCGGAUAAAAUAGUCAUGAUUCUGUGUAAUGUGCAUCAGAUCAAAUAAAUGUUCAUCACUCCCAUAUGUUAUGAUAAAGAAAAACUUUAAAAAUUCUUAUAUAUUUAUAGCAAAAUUAUCUUCGAAAUGAAUUAUGUUGUAAUUUAGUGGCUUUUGAAUUACAGAGAUGUAAAUGAAGUAUUAUCUGUAAAAAUUGUUAUAAUUAUAGUUGUGAUACAGAGUAUAUUUCCAUUCAAAUAAUAUAUCAUAACUUAAUAAAUGUUGUAUUUUAGAUAUAUUCUCUAAUAAAAUUCAGAAUU